GAAAAAAAUAAAGAAUUUUCAGUUGGUUCACCAUUUAAUGUUAAACAUAAUAUUCAUGUUGAUUAUAAUACUGUUACUGGUUUUGAAGGUUUACCAAGAGAAUGGGAAAUUAUUUUACAAUCAUCCGGUAUUACUAAAGAAGAAGUUUGUGCAAAUUCAGAAGCAGUUCUUGAUGUUUUAGAUUUCCAUAUGAACCAACAACAAAGAGAAGCACAAAUUGCUCAAAUGCAAAAUACUGAUGAAACCAAUGUUUCACUAUACGAUUUAGUAAGUCAAGAAGAUCCAACCAAAUUAUUUGGCGAGGGUUCCACCAAAAUUGGUGAGGGUGCAGCUGGUGAAGUAUUUGUUGUCACUCAACUUAGAACCAAUAAUAAAGUUGCCAUUAAAAAGAUGCCAUUAAAUCAACAAAAUAUGAAGUUAAUUGUUACUGAAAUUGGUAUUAUGAAAUCUUGUAAACAUCAAAAUAUUAUCGAUUAUAUUGAUAGUUAUCUUGUAGGUGAUUCAUUAUGGGUAGCUAUGGAGUUUAUGGGUGGUGGCUGUUUAACUGAAAUUUUAGAACAAUUCAAUACUGUUAAAUUAAACGAAUCACAAAUUGCUUUUGUUUGUGCAGAGACAUUAAAAGGUCUUGCAUAUGUUCAUAGUCAACAUAGAAUUCAUAGGGAUAUUAAGAGUGAUAAUAUUUUAUUAGGUUCAGAUGGUUCAGUUAAAUUAGCUGAUUUUGGUUAUGCUGCCCAAUUAACCAAAUCUAAACAAAAGAGAGUUACAAUUGUAGGUACACCAUAUUGGAUGGCACCAGAAUUAAUUAGAGGCCAAAACUAUGAUAGAAAAGUAGAUAUUUGGUCAUUAGGUAUUAUGGCUAUGGAAAUGGCCGAAUCAGAACCACCAUACAUGUCUUUCCCACCACUUCGUGCUUUAUUCUUAAUCACAACUAAAGGUAUACCCGAAUUAAAAGAUCAAAACAAAUGGAGCCCAGAGUUCAAAGAUUUCGUAGCCAAAUGCUUGGAUAAGAAUGUUGAAACCAGACCUGACGCUAAAACUUUAUUAAAUCAUCCAUUCUUAAAAACAGCAUGUAACAGUAGUGGUUUAGUACCAGCAAUUAUUGAAGCUAAAAAAGCCAAAGAAGCUCAUAGUAAAUUCUCGAUUCAUUAA